CCCCCUCGGCGCCCGUGGCCCGGCCGCGGCCGUCCCUUCCUGGUCCCCUCACACUCACACACACAGGCCGGGCAUUGAUGGUAAUGUAUGCGAGGAAACAGCAGAGACUCAGUGAUGGCUGUCACGACCGCAGGGGGGACUCGCAGCCCUACCAGGCUCUUAAGUACUCAUCCAAGAGUCACCCAAGUGGUGGUGAUCAUCGUCAUGACAAGAUGCGAGACACCACAGAUCCUUCACCACCAAAUAAAAUGUUGCGGCGCUCUGAUAGCCCUGAAAACAAAUACGGUGACAACACAGGGCACAGUAAAGCAAAAAGUGUGCAUACUCACAGAGUUAGAGAGAGGGAUGGUGGGACCAGUUACUCUCCACAAGAAAAUUCACAUAACCACAGUGCUCUUCAUAGUUCAAAUUCACAUUCUUCUAAUCCCAGCAAUAAUCCAAGCAAAACUUCUGAUGGAGCUUACGAUUCUGCGGAUGAUUGGUCUGAACACAUCAGCUCUUCAGGCAAAAAGUACUACUACAACUGCAGAACAGAAGUUUCACAGUGGGAAAAACCAAAAGAGUGGCUGGAAAGAGAGCAGAGACAAAAAGAAGCAAGCAAAAUGUCAGUUAACAGUUUUCCAAAAGAUAGAGAUUACAGAAGAGAGGUGAUGCAGGCGACAGCUGCCAGUGGGUUUGCCAGUGGAAUGGAAGACAAGCAUUCCAGUGACGCCAGUAGUAUGCUCCCACAGAAUAUUUUGUCUCAAACAAGCAGGCACAAUGACAGAGACUACAGACUGCCAAGGGCAGAGACUCACAGUAGUUCUACUCCAGUACAGCAUCCCAUCAAACCAGUGGUUCAUCCAACUGCUACCCCAAGCACUGUUCCUCCUAGUCCAUUUUCUCUACAAUCUGAUCACCAGCCAAAGAAAUCCUUUGAUGCUAAUGGAGCAUCUACUUUAUCAAAACUGCCUACAUCUGCAUCUUCCAUCCCUUCACAGAAGACAGAGAGAAAAGAGUCUACAUCCGUGGACAAGACCGUAUCCCAUUCUUGCACAACUCCUUCUACAUCUUCUGCUUCUGGACUGAAUCCAGCUUCUGCACCUGCUUCAUCAGCUCCUACAGUUCCUGUCUCACCUGUCCCACAGUCACCAAUUCCUCCAUUACUUCAGGACCCAAAUCUCCUUCGACAGUUGCUGCCUGCUCUGCAGGCCACGUUGCAGCUUAAUAAUUCUAGCGUAGAUAUAUCCAAAAUCAAUGAAGUUCUAACAGCAGCUGUGACACAAGCCUCUCUGCAGUCUAUACUCCAUAAAAUUCUUACUGCUGGACCAUCUGCUUUCAAUAUCACUUCCCUAAUUUCUCAAGCAGCACAACUGUCUACGCAAGCUCAGCCAUCUAAUCAGUCUCCAAUGUCUUUAACAUCUGAUGCCUCAUCACCAAGAUCAUAUGUAUCUCCCAGAAUAAGCACGCCUCAGACUAACACCGUUCCACUUAAGCCUUUGAUGACUACACCACCGGUAUCAUCACAGCAGAAGGUUGCUACUCCAGGAGUUAAACAAGGACCAGCUUCACAGUCAGCACCUCAGCAGCCGGUAAUAGCUGACAAGCAGGCAGGUCACGAACCUGCCUCUCCUCGAAGUCUUCAGCGCUCAAGUAGUCAAAGAAGCCCAUCACCAGGUCCAAAUCAUACCUCUAGCACUAGUGCAUCAAAUUCAACACCUGCACCGCAGAAUCCAUCUGUACGACCCACUUGUUCGUUAACACCGACGCUAGCAGCACACUUCAAUGAAAACCUUAUAAAGCAUGUUCAAGGCUGGCCUGCAGACCAUGCGGAAAAGCAGGCAUCAAGAUUACGUGAGGAAGCCCAUAACAUGGGAAGUGUUCAUAUGUCAGAAAUAUGUACUGAAUUAAAGAAUUUAAGAUCUUUAGUUCGAGUAUGUGAAAUUCAAGCAACUUUGCGUGAGCAAAGGAUACUAUUUUUGAGACAACAAAUUAAAGAACUUGAAAAGCUAAAGAAUCAGAAUUCCUUCAUGGUGUGAAAAGUUGUAAACAAUUGCACAUGGUUUUGAGUAAAGGAACUAUUAAACUGAUGCCCAGUCUUAACACUUUUGAGCUGCAUUUGAGUAGACUUUGGACCGUUGAGCUGGGCAGAAAAAAAGAUGACAUGGGGAAGGGGACAGGAGGGAGUCAAAUUCAGGGGAAAGAUACAAGAAUGAUUUGUAAAACCCUUGAAAUGUAGAUUUAUUGUAGAUGUAUUCUUCACGUUGUAAAUAUGUUUUGUAGAGUGAAGCCAUGGGAAGCCAUGUGUAUCAGAGCUUAGACAUCCAAAACUAAUCGAUGCUGAGGUGGCUAAAUACCUAGCCUUUUACAUGUAAACCUGUCUGCAAAAUUAGCUUUCUUUUUUUUUUUUUUUUUUUUUUAGUUAAUUUAUCAUUCAGAAAUCUUGCAUUUCCUAAAAUUCAAUGCAAGCGCCAGGCGAUCUGUGUCUAAGGCUGCAACAAUUGGGGUAAUGUACAAAAUACCACGAAACAACUGUUUCCACACUUGCACCGAAUCAAGAGCAGUGCUUCUCCAUUUCUGUUUUACAGAGAAAUGUUUUUCAUUUUCUGUGUUCCAUUUCCCCGUGAAAUCCUAAAUCUGAUUUUAUCAGUUUUUUUAAUGCUUCUAAUUUUCUCUUUUCUUAAGGCACUGUUGCUAUGGCACUUUUUCUAUAAUCUUUUCAUUCCUGUGUACAGUAGCUUAAAAUUGCAGUGAUUGAGCAUAACCCACUUGUUUGUAUAAAUUAUUGAGACGUAUUUCCAUUUGCACCCUGUAAGAAUGGACUUAUAGUACUGCUGGGCAUGUGUGCUGAAGGUACAUUACUUGCUCAAAUAUAAAGAAAUAGCCCAAUGAACAUGUUAACAUGGUUGUGGGAGGGGAAAGAGGAAAAAAAAAAAGAAGCUAGUCAGAUGUGAAUUGUAUCUGUUGUAAUAAACAUGUUAAAACAAAGAAA